AUGCUGAGGUUGCUAGAAAGCGUCCUAACCGGUUCGCCCUUUGAUGCUUAUAUCGUGAUCGAGUUCGAUUCUGCUCUCAAAACAUGCUUCAACUUAAUAUUUUUGAGAGACAACUGCACCUGUCAAGAUUGUCUGCACCCGGAUACCAAACAGCGGAUUGUUGACAUAUUUGGCGAUAAUGGCAUUACGCAAAGUGGCUGCUGUAUUGGAAAAGAUACGGCUGCUCGAGAAUAUUUUGUAAGUACAAGGUUUCAGGUUGGCGAGCUGCUAGUGUGCUCAUGGGCUGAAGGUCACACAUCGAGAUUUAGUAAAGAGUGGCUUCUAGUUCACUCGUAUGCGCCCCCUCUCCGUCCCUCCAAAGCGCUCCUACCUGAAAGAUCGACCUGGGAUGCUGAGACGUUUGAGCAGCUGCAUCAGAAGCUUAACAACAAUAAAUUCUAUCAAAUGACUGAAUGUGCGCCAAAGGUAUUGCAAGAUAUUUAUGUUUACGGCUUUGCUUUUGUCGAUGAGGUGCCUAUUUCCUUAGAGGCAACGAAGGAAGUUUCGGAGACCAUUUCUAUCAUCAGGCCAACUCACUAUGACCUAGGGGUCUGGGACUUUACUUCUGAUUUGGCUAAAAAGGACACUGCGUAUACUUCGUUAGCCAUCAACAUGCACACAGAUGGAAAUUACUGGAACGAGCCCCCUGGCUUACAGCUGUUUCAUUUGUUAGAACAUUCAAGGGGUAAAGGGGGCGAGACCCGUAUUGUUGAUGUCUCUAAAGUGUUAGAGGUUCUCGUUAGCCUGGCGAAAGAGGACGAAAGUUGGAGAUGCACUCUUGACGUACUUACAACGCAGCCGCUGUCGUUUCAUCAAGCUGGGGAAGAAGGUUCCUUCUAUAUACAGGACCAAUUUCCCGUUCUUACCGUUUCAAAGGAGUUAGAAUUGCUUCAGUGUCGUUGGAAUAAUAGUGACAGAUCUCCAAAAAUCCCGCUGCCGUGUAAAUUUCCUAUGGGCCAAGUUUAUGAAGCAUUGUUCCGCUUCAAUUCGUUGGUGAAUGAUCCAAAGUAUUACGUUCAAUUUCAGCUGAAACCUGGCCAAAUUUUAGUUUUUGAUAAUUGGAGAGUGCUUCAUGCUAGAAAUGCGUUCACCGGGUAUAGGAGGUUAUGCGGGUCAUAUUUGACUCGCGACGACUUCCUUGCACGGUUGAGGUGUUCAAUGAACAACAGGGAAACAGUGUUAAACACACUAUGA